GUCGCAUGCCCUCAAUCGGGUCCACGCCACCUUCCGCCGGUCCAAAGAAUCAUGAACCUCGCCCGAACCCACCGCCAUCGCGAGCGAGCUUUGGUCCUGGAUCAUGAACAAAAGAAUCACGCUCAAGGUCGUCAUCUCACUGGCAGUGGACUUCUCGAAACUUGACCUCCAUAUGAUCCCGUUCGACAAGGCCCAUGAGAUUGAAAUUGUCAUCGACCAUCCGCGAGGCUGGAUGGACACGGAUUGUCUGCAUGCCAUGCGCGCAAAGAUUGUCGAGUUCGUGGACAUACUCAAGCCGUUCCCAGACCUGCCUUCCGUGCGGGUUGCCUUUCGGGAGAAAAAGCUGGGCCUCGUGUGUUAUGACCACGAUACAGCAUUGUGCGAGGGAGUCUCGUUUCGAGGAACCGACAGUCAUGAUGAUUCUGAAGUGUACGGAUGGGGACUCACUCUUGUAUACUCCGAAGACUACGACAUGCCGGUUGUCGAAUGCCUCAUGCGGCCCUUCUUCCACCUACCGAUCUGCAAGUCUUUCGCUAUUGAACCCCUCAGUACAAGGCUUGUCAGGGAUGAGGAUCUACACGAAGAGGAUGAACCAUUCCUCUACGACGGGCUCUACGUGUCCUGGCUGUUUGGAGAAAUCGAAACCCAGAUCGAAAGGGGGUGAUGGAGUCUUCGAUAGAUCUUCGGGGUUCGGGGGUGCGCAGCGGACCGACGACAGGUUUGUAUAUGUAUUGCUUCACUUCAUAGACACGUUAUCAAUUUGCACUACAUCUGCCUUCCAUGUUGUUCCCAGGGCGAGCAGGCGGACGGAAGUCUCUCGCUUGAUCUGUACUCAAGGUCUUUUUCUCCUGCUGCGCUGCCGAGAAGCGGCCGAUGGCCGGAGGGCCGACAACUCACGGCACGUGAGCAGAUUUCAUUUCAUCUGCCCUUCGCGUCGUUUCCCGGGUUGAACAGGCGGGCGGAAGUCUCACUUGAAGUGUACUCAGGAUCUUGUCCUUUCCCCGUGCUACCGAGACGUCCCCGAUGGCGAUAGAGCGGGGGCUUGCUUGGGUCGAAGUCGAGGAGUUGAGCUUGUACUCGUGAAAUUUGAUAUCGUGCCUAUGGAGGCUCUGCUGCCGCUCAUCUGCCAUCUCUCGAGAGCAGGGGCGGACAGCUAGGCUCGUGAGAACACUC